UUCUAUAGACUUCUGGUAACAUUCACAUCUAUACAACAUUAAACCCUAAAUCUGUAUCUAUAAUCUAUAUCUAUCAUUCUGUAUCUAUUGAUUUCCGAUGUCCAAAAUGCUAUUCAGGAUAGGCCUAAUCUCGUUUUUACUGUUAUUCAGCUCAAUUCCAUGUCAAUCAGCUGUAUCUAGUAUUGAUGUAGGUUCAGAAUGGAUAAAAGUAGCCGUAGUUAAUCUAAAACCAGGCCAGGCACCGAUCUCAAUCGCAAUUAACGAAAUGUCGAAGCGGAAAUCGCCGGCGUUAGUCGCGUUUCACUCCGGUGAUCGGCUCAUCGGCGAAGAAGCUGCGGGACUCGCUGCGAGGUAUCCUGAUAAGGUUUAUUCUCAAAUCCGUGAUUUAAUUGGAAAACCGUUUGAUUAUGUUAAGAAGUUUCUAGAUUCGUUGUAUCUACCGUUUAAUGUUGUUGAAGACGAGUCUAGAGGUGGUGUAGGUAUUAAGAUAGAUGACGGUGAGACGGUUUAUUCGGUUGAAGAGUUGGUUGGGAUGAUUUUAGGUUAUGGAUUGAAGUUAGCUGAGUUUCAUAGUAAGGUUGUGGUGAAGGAUGCUGUGAUUACGGUUCCGCCGUAUUUUGGACAGGCGGAACGGAAAGGUUUGCUUCAGGCGGCGCAGUUGGCUGGUUUGAAUGCCUUGUCCCUUGUGAAUGAACAUUCUGGUGCUGCUCUUCAGUAUGGGAUUGAUAAGGAUUUUGCUAAUGAGUCUCGACAUGUUAUUUUUUAUGAUAUGGGAUCUAGUAGUACUUAUGCUGCUCUUGUUUACUUUUCGGCGUAUAAUACUAAGGAGUAUGGAAAGACUGUCUCAGCUAAUCAGUUUCAGGUAAAAGAUGUUAGAUGGGAUCCAGAGCUUGGUGGUCAAAAUAUGGAAUUAAGAUUGGUGGAAUACUUUGCAGAUGAAUUCAACAAACAGGUUGGAAAUGGUGUUGAUGUCAGGCAGCAUCCAAAGGCGAUGGCCAAAUUGAAGAAGCAGGUUAAGCGUACAAAGGAAAUUCUCAGUGCAAAUACCGCAGCACCAAUUUCUGUUGAAUCACUUCUUGAUGACCGUGACUUUAGGAGCACAAUAACUCGCCAGAAGUUUGAAGAGAUGUGCGAAGAUUUGUGGGAAAGAUCUGUAAUCCCUGUGAAAGAGUUGCUCAAGCACUCGGGUUUGAGGGUGGAUGACAUAUAUGCCCUCGAGUUAAUUGGAGGUGGCACUCGAGUUCCAAAGUUGCAGGCUAAGCUUCAAGAAUUUCUUGGUAGGAGUGAUGUUGACAAACAUCUUGAUGCUGAUGAAGCUACAGUUCUAGGUGCUUCAUUACAUGCUGCAAAUUUGAGUGAUGGAAUCAAAUUGAAUCGUAAACUUGGUAUGGUUGAUGGUUCCAUGUAUGGGUUUAUGAUGGAUCUAGAUGGCCCCGAACUUGUAAAAGAUGAGACCACAACACAAUUACUUGUUCCACGGUUGAAAAAGCUACCAAUCAAGAUGUACCGGUCGAUCACUCACAACAAAGAUUUUGAUGUUUCACUUUCUUAUGAGAAUGAAGAUCUCUUGCCCCCCGGUGUUACUACACGUACGUUUGCGAAAUAUUCAGUCUCUGGUCUUGCUGAAGCUAGCGAAAAGUACAUUUCACGCAACCUUUCAUCCCCUGUAAAAGCAAAUAUUCAUUUCUCUCUUAGUAGAAGCGGCAUACUCUCUUUGGAUAGAGCAGAUGCUGUUAUCGAAAUUUCUGAAUGGGUAGAGGUCCCAAAAAAGAAUCAGACUUUAGAGAAUGCUUCCGCCCCUCUUAACCUAACGGUUGAAGCUAAUUCCGCAAAUGCAGCAGAAGCUAGUGAUGUUCCUAAUCCAGAUGAUCAGGCUACCAACUCAGAUAACUCCUCGACAAAUGACCCAAUCACAGCAGCUCCUGUUACAGAAAAGAAACUUAAGAAAAGGACUUUCAGAAUUCCUUUAAAGAUUUCUGAAAAGAGAGUGGGGUCAGUGGCACCUCUGUCAGAAGAUUCUCUUUAUGAUGCGAAACUCAGAUUGGAGGCACUAGAUGCAAAGGAUGCAGAAAGGAGGAGGACUGCAGAGUUGAAAAAUGAUCUCGAGGGCUACAUAUAUGCUACCAGAGAAAAGCUUGAUUAUUUGGAGGAACUGCAAACAAUUUCCUCAAGUGAACAACGGCAGGCGUUCGUCGAAAAGCUUGACGAGGUACAAGACUGGUUGUACACUGACGGCGAAGAUGCUUCAGCUACUCAAUUUCAAGAACGCUUGGAUCAGUUAAAAGCUAUUGGUGACCCAAUUUUUUUCAGAUACAAGGAGCUCACAGCAAGGCCAGAAGCAAUUGAAAGUGCUAGACGGUAUUUCACUGAGCUGCAAGAGAUCGUGAGUGGGUGGGAGUCGAAAAAACCAUGGAUUUUGAAGGAGAAAGUUGAUAAGGUUCUACGUGAGGCAGAAGAUUUCAAAAAGUGGCUAAACGAUAAGGAGGCCGAGCAAAAAAAGACAUCUGCAUCCAGCACACCGGCUUUUACUUCUCAAGAAGUUUCUAACAAGCUACUCGUUCUUCAAGACAAGGUUGCAAGUUUAAACAGAAUUCCUAAGCCAAAACCAAAAGUUGAAAAGCCACCUGUAAAGAAUGAGACCGAGGGUCAGACAGAGGAGCCAAAAGGUUCCAGUUCAUCUAAAGAUGACAAUACCGACUCCAAACAAGAAGAGACAGAUGAGGAAUCAAUCAAACAUGAUGAGCUGUGAUUUAACUAACAUAACAUACGGAAUGAGUGGUAAGGUUCAUCUUUAUAGAAAAAGUCCAUAGCAAGCGAGGUUAGGGGAGAGGGUAGUUAAUUUAAUAUUAUAUGAUAUAUUAUUGGGUCAGACCGUUUUUGAGUAUCUAUUAUUUGGGUCUAUUUUUAUCCCAUCGCCAAGUAUCAGUUUUGUGUACCCUUAAGCUCUUUCUGAUGUAUAAUACUUGUAUACAUUGAUGCAUUUGAAAUUGUUUUACGGGCAUAUGGUACAAUUUGUGUAAUACUUAAAGAAGUAACGCAUGGUCUAAUGAGACUAUCCGAGUUCACGUA